GGUGUCGUGCUGAGCGGCCUCGGGGGGUUUGAUGGGCUUCGCUGCAAGUACUCGUAACAAGUGGAUGGGAAGGGAAUGGGGAGAAGAAGGUUUGCAAGGAAGCUUGUAAGAAAUACGGUAGUCUAGGUCUGCUGCCGGUCGUCCACAUGUGUCAGAGGUAUUGUACCGUGCAUCUGUCUAGUUCCACGGGUCCGUGAGUGAUAGGGAUAUUACCCCCUUCAAUCCUCUAUUCUGGGCUUCCCUCCUUCUCUCUUUUUCCACUGCUCUUCCUCUCUUCCUCUUCUACUUCGUGACGCGCUCCAUAAUUUCUUCGAGGAGUGGAGCGGUUGAUUUACACCUGUAAGCCCACGAAAAUCACAACAAACAAACCCGGCAUACACAAACGGGGGCAAGCAUGGCUGCCACCCAAGACCUCAUCAAGGACGCUCAAGUUCUCGGCCAUGUACAGGACCCUCACCGCAAGAUCCUUACGAAAGAAUGCUGUGCAUUCCUGGUUACUCUUCAUAGAACGUUCAAUGCUACUCGAAAGCAGCUCCUCCACAGACGUGUGCUCCGUCAAGCCGAGAUUGACAAGGGAGUCCUCCCCGACUUUCUGCCGGAGACGAAGCACAUUCGUGACAAUGAUACCUGGCGUGGAGCUGAUCCUGCGCCCGGCUUGGUGGAUCGUAGGGUGGAGAUUACGGGGCCCAUUGACAGGAAGAUGGUUGUUAAUGCUUUGAAUGCGGAUGUCUGGACUUAUAUGGCGGAUUUUGAAGGUAUGGAGUUUGCCAUGCUAGAGUAGAGGGGAGGGGGGAGAGUGGCUCGGUAACGUGGUGGAACAACUGUGGGGCGUGGCUAAUAUCUGCGUCAUAGAUUCUAACUCGCCAACAUGGGAUAACGUGAUUAACGGGCAGGUCAACUUGUACGACGCCAUCCGUCGGCAGGUUGAUUUUAAGCUCAACGGGAAGGAUUACAAGCUUCGCACUGAUCGUCCCCCGCCAACCCUGAUCGUUCGGUAUGUUCUUCACUGUCUCCCGCACCGCCACCCUGCUUCUCUGAUGAACAUCAUUACCAACGCAUCCUAGUCCUCGUGGCUGGCAUCUUGACGAGAAGCACUUUGUCGUCGACGGGGAGCCAAUCUCCGGCGGUCUCUUCGACUUUGGGUGUUACUUUUUCCACAAUGCUAAACAGUUGGUCCAGAAUGGCCACGGGCCGUACUUCUACCUGCCAAAGAUGGAAUCGCAUCUUGAGGCCAGGUUAUGGAACGAUGUGUUCAACCUCUCUCAGGAUACUGUUGGAAUCCCAAGGGGUACUAUUCGUGGCACCGUGUUGAUCGAGACCAUCCUGGCUGCUUUUGAAAUGGACGAGGUGGGAAAAGUGAUAUUCUGUAAAAGUUGGGGACAGUUACUCACGAGACGAUAGAUCAUAUAUGAAUUGCGACAGCACAGCUCCGGUCUCAACUGCGGUCGUUGGGAUUACAUCUUCAGCGUGAUCAAGAAGUUCAGGAAUAACCCACAAUUCGUGCUCCCGGAUAGAAGCGCUGUUACCAUGAGUGUGCCAUUUAUGGAGGCGUAUGUCAAGUUGUUGAUUAAGACAUGUCACCGUAGGGGUGUUCAUGCCAUGGGAGGAAUGGCUGCACAGAUUCCUAUCAAGGAUAAUGAAGAGGCCAACAAGAAGGCCAUGGCUGGUGUCUAUGCUGAUAAGCUGCGAGAGGCUAGGGCCGGUCAUGAGUAUGUUUCCUCCGUCCGACUCUCCUGAAGGGACCCACUAACGGGCUUUAUAGUGGAACUUGGUAUGCCUGAAAACCCCGAGCGAUCUGACAUGAUUAUGUAGCGGAGGGAUACCACUCAUAAAAACGGCCAUAUAAUGCACCGAAAUUUGUAGACUCGGUACUAACCAACAGAGUGAAUAGGGUCGCCCACCCCGCCCUCGCAAAGAUCGCAUCUGAGGUUUUCAACAAGCACAUGCCAACCCCCAACCAGAUCUUCAAGCGCAAGGAGGAAGUCUCUAUAACAGCAAUGGACCUUCUCAACAUGAACAUGCCAGGCACAAUCACCGAGGAGGGGAUCCGCAAGAACCUCGAAAUCGGCGUUGGAUACAUGGAAGGUUGGCUCCGUGGCGUCGGGUGUGUACCAAUAAACUACCUGAUGGAGGACGCCGCAACCGCUGAAGUCUCCCGCUCUCAAGUAUGCCCUCAUAUCUCCCUCCCUCCCCCUCCCACUUUCUUCGAGGCCAUAAACUAACAUGUCUGCAGCUCUGGCAGUGGGCCAAACACGGCGUGAGCACCAUCGAAGGCAAGAAGGUCACCAAAGAACUGAACCUCCAACUCCUCAAGGAGGUCACGGAAAAACUCGCCGGCAAAGCCCCCGCUGGGAGCAAGUACCACCUUGCAGCGCGCUACUUCGCGACCCAGAUCACCGGGGAGGACUAUGCGGAUUUCCUUACCACAUUGCUCUAUAACGAGAUUGUAACGGUGGGUGGCGUUGCCGCGAGACUUUGAUUACCCUCCUUCCUUCCUUCCUGCUCUUGCUUUCUUUGGAGUUGGGGAGAGUGGUUGUGGGAUUGGUUGGAUGGAGAGUUUGUACGAUUUGGGAAAAACAAGAAUACGACAGGCCAGGCGGAGGGCAUAGUAUCCCGAUACCAGACUGGGACUGCGAUUUUGCUUGCGAUUGAUGGAAUUUUUCUUCUUUUCUUUUCUUUCUACCGGGGUCUGAUUUUUAUUAGGCUCAGGGUUCUUCUACAAGUACUUCGGUGCUUUAAGAUGAAUGGACAGGGGUGGGGUGGGGGGCUAAUAUACUUGUACCGGUACGAGUACCGGUAAUUGGGUUUGUUGUU